UUGUCUUGGUAUCCAAAGCUCUCUUGCCGGAAAGUCUACCGUUCCGCCGUAUUCAGAUUGUUUCAUUUUAAAAAUAGUUAAAUCCAGUGUCAUGUUCAUCAAGCUAUUUACCGUAAUGUUGGCCGUAACUGGAGUCUGGAGUGCCGCGCUCCCAGAAAAUCAGGUGGCAACGGCCACCAGGACGACGACAGGUGAUUUGGCAACCGCCGAGACUUCGGCCAAGUUGUUAAAUCUCUUUGGAACUGGCUCUGGAUAUCCGAACUAUGGCUACAACUACAAUCGCCCGAGCAACCCCUACUAUCCCGGCUACAAUACGAACUACUACGGGUCAUCGGGAUACUAUCCCGGCUCGGGAUAUGGAUCUACCACCUACUAUCCCAACCAGGGGAGCUACGGUUCCGCCGGCUACUACCCAACUCAGGGCUAUAACUAUUAUUCCACUAGCAGUUAUCCCACCACGAACAUUCUGGGUAGUCAAGGAGGCGGAUACGGAGGAUAUGGCGGCUACGGAGGUAAUGGAGGUCUUAGGCAAUACUCGGGCUAUUGGCAGCGGGAUUAUCAGGGCCAGCGGAAUCGUGGAUAUGGCUACUACGAUGAUACAGAUCGGUUAGGCCUGCCCAUCUCGAGAGAUCGUUCCUAUGGUUCGAGUUCCUAUCGCGGCUAUAACUAAGCUAUGUGCGCAGCACUUUUGGCUAAAGCCGCCGCCAAGAACUUAACCGAAUGUUACACUCCGGCACGCAUCAAAAUCAACACACAAAAAGAUCGUAAAACUUAUAUAAGCAAUUUAUUAGCCAACACAUCUCCGAAGGCGAAAUAACCCCCGAGUCGGCAAACUUUAACUGCAUCGUCGCACCGAAAAUAUCUUCAAGUUUCUGCGAGGAGACAAAGUCUGUGCUGCAGCAUCUUGAGUACUAAGCCUUAAAUUUUACGUAAAGUCAUGUUUAUGUUUUCCCCUUCGGCAUCUGCAAGCUCGUAAAUCCAGCGGAGCAAAGUUUUCACUUGAAUUUUCCGGGGAAAAGUGCCCGAGUCCCUUUGCCAGUUGAGCAUGUGCCGAGAGCAAUUUGUGAUAAGCUAAUAGAUUUCCCCUGUUAAAUAAAGCAAUAUUUU